AAAUUCCAUCUCACUGCAAUGCAAUUCAAUUAAGCGCACCUAGAUGUCGCUGUUUCCGUCUUGUUUGGAAGUCAAGCUGCUGCAGUUCCUAACUAGCAGCCAGCAAGCAGCACUGUUGUGGUCUGGUCUGGAGAGAGGAGGAAGAUGACAGCCCGAAAGUCUGGGUCACGACUAGAGACAGAAAUAGAGCGAUGUCGUUCAGAAGGACAAUGGGACAAGAUACCGGAACUUGUGCGGCAGCUGUCUGCUAAACUAAUAUCAAACGAUGACCUGGGGGAGCUGCUACUGGGGGAGUCCAAGCUGCAGCAGUUCCUGAAGGAGAACCCCAUCAAGCAGGAUGCCAGUCCCCGUGGCAACCGGCCCCGCCUGGUGGAGGUCCGCAAGCACCUCACCGCCGCUCUGGACCGUGGAAAUCUCAAGCAUGACUACCUGCAGGAGGCCAGUCUCCUGAUGGCCAAGCUGUGCUAUGUGGAGGGGGACUACAGGGAGGCCUUGAACCAGUACGGCCGCGUCACUCUGGACGACAUGCAACUUGUCGGGGCUCCCGUCUACCGCCUGUCCAUGAUCGCAGAGGCCUACGCCACUAAAGGACUGUGUCUAGAGAAGGCGCCUCCUGGUUCUCCGUCGCUGACCAACAAGACGGUGGACCGCGACCACGACAUAAUCACCUGCUAUGAGAAGUCUGGAGACAUCGCCCUGCUAUACCUCCAGGAAGUGGAGAAGGCUCUGUGUGCGGGGAUGCAGAACCGCAGUCCCAAGCCGGGCCCGGUGGCACAGGAACAGGAGCUGGGCUACUUCCUGGAAACCGGCCUACAGAGAGCUCACGUCAUCCACUUCAAAAACGGCAACUUAACCAGGGGCGUGGGCCGCUUCAGGGAGAUUCUACGGGCGGUGGAGACCAGGACGACCCAGAACCUACGAAUGACCAUAGCACGUCAGCUGGCUGAGAUCCUAUUGAGGGGCAUGUGUGACCAGAGCUACUGGAGCCCUCUGGAGGACCCACCGCACCACUCGCCCCUGGACGACUCCUCCAAGACCACCUGCCACACCAAGGACUACGCCCUCAGCCGACGCCCACGCAUCUACUCCGGAGAGAAUCUCUUCUGUCCUCAGGAGAACACCGAGGAGGCCCUGCUGCUGCUGCUGAUUAGUGAGUCGAUGGCCAAUCGUGAUGCGGUGCUGAGCCGCAUCCCGGAGCACAACAGCGACCGCAUCAUCAGCCUGCAGAGCGCCUCGGUGGUCUACGACCUGCUGACCAUCGCGCUGGGCCGCCGCGGCCAGUAUGAGAUGCUCUCCGAGUGUUUGGAGAGAGCCAUGAAGUUUGCCUUUGAGGAGUUCCACUUGUGGUAUCAACUGGCUCUGUCUCUCAUGGCUGCUGGGAGGUCUGCGCGAGCCGUGAAGGUGCUGAAGGAAUGCAUCCGCCUCAAGCCAGACGACCCCACCAUCCCCUUACUGGCAGUCAAGCUGUGCAUAGGACAACUGCACUGGCUGGAUGAAGGAGAGCGCUUUGCCAAGCUGGUGGUGGACAUGGGCGAGAAAGCGGCGGAGUUCAGAGCCAAAGGAUACCUGGCCCUCGGCCUGGUCUUCAGCCUCAAGGCAACCGAUGCAUCUCUGCGGGGGAUGCAAGAGGAGUAUCAGAAGAAGGCCCUGAGUGCUUUUCAAAGAGCUCAGAGUCUGUCUCCAACAGACCACCUGGCGGCCUUUUACCUGGCCUUGCAGUUGGCUGUGUCCCGACAGAUCCCUGAGGCGCUGGGCUACGUGCGGCAGGCGCUGCAGCUGCAGGGGGACGACGUGCACUCGCUGCACCUGCUGGCCCUGCUGCUGUCGGCCCAGAAGCACUACCACGACGGCCUCAACAUCAUCGAGAUGGCCCUCAGCCAGUACCCAGAGAACUUUGCCCUGCUGUUUACGAAGGUGAAGCUGGAGACCCUGUGCCGCGGACCAGAGGACGCCCUGCUCACCUGCAAACACAUGCUGCAGAUCUGGAAGUCCUGUUACAACCUCACCAACCCCAGUGACUCAGGUCGGGGUAGCAGUCUGUUGGAUCGAGCCAUAGCCGACAGGAGGCAGCUGAACGCCAUGACUCUCCCUGACUUCAGCGACCCAGAGACAGCUUCUGGUUCCAACUCCUCCUCUUUCUCGAGCACGGACACCCCUGCCUCUCUUUUCCUCAUGCCCCACUUCUAUCAGUCUCCUUAUACUCCGCCCGGUCCUCUUCCUCAUCCUCCUCUUCCCCCCAACACCACAAAGAGUGAGGCCACAUACACCACCGCCACCAAGCCCACCACCACUGUGGCUUUCUGUGACCACGCCCCUGACCGACGCCUCUCCAUCAGUUCGGUGCAUGCCACCUCCAUCGCGGCGUCUCGUGUGGAGCAGGCCCUAUCUGAGGUGGCCUCCUCUCUGCAGAGCAGUGCCCCCAAGCAGGGCCCCCUGCACCCCUGGAUGACCCUGGCACAGAUAUGGCUGCACGCAGCGGAGGUGUAUGUUGGCAUGGGCAAGCCUGCGGAGGCCAGUGCGUGCGUGCAGGAGGCGGCCAACCUGUUCCCCACCUCGCACCACGUGCUCUUCAUGAAGGGCCAGGUGGCCGAGCUGCGGGGGGCCAUGGAGGAGGCCAAGCGCUGGUACGAGGAGGCCCUCUCCAUCAGCCCCACCCACGUCAAGACCAUGCAGAGGCUGGGUGUGAUUCUGCACCAGCUGCAGCGCUACAGCCUGGCGGAGAAGGUGUUGCGUGACGCGGUGCAGGUGAGCAGCACGGCCCACGAGGUGUGGAAGAGCCUGGGGGAGGUGCUGCAGGCCCAGGGCAACGCCGCCGCCGCCACCGAGUGCUUCCUGACCGCCCUGGAGCUGGAGGCCAGCAGCCCCGUGCUGCCCUUCACCAUCAUCCCCCGCUCACUAUAACACACACACACACACCUGACAUACACACACCCCUAUACACACCAUAACCCCCCCUGCACGC